UCAAUUUGACGGUUGUCCAUUUUCUCGUGAGUACUUGUUCUGUUUGUGUCUUCAUCCGCAAGGUGGCAGCACUUAGCUGAUUACACUAAGCUUCCGCAAAGCGCUGAACGGAAGUCACAGUGAGUCACUGACGGAAGAAGAAAAUGGAGGCGGCAGUGUUUAUCCUGUCACUUGUGGACUGCUGUGCAUUGAUUUUUCUUUCCGUUUACUUUAUUAUCACCUUAUCUGAUCUAGAAUGUGACUACAUCAAUGCCAGAGCCUGCUGCUCCAAGCUGAACAAAUGGGUGAUUCCAGAGAUGAUUGGUCAGUGUCUCUCCACUGUGCUGAUGUUAGUCUCUAUGCACUGGUUUGUCUUCCUCCUCAACCUGCCUGUAGCAGCCUGGGACAUUUACAGGUACCUGAAAGUUCCGAUGGGAAACAUGGGUGUAUUUGACCCGACUGAGAUCCACAACCGAGGUCAGCUCAAGUCCCACAUGAAGGAGGCAAUGAUUAAACUGGGUUACCAUCUGCUUUGCUUCUUCAUUUAUUUGUACAACAUGAUCUUGGCUCUGAUCAACGACUGAAGCGCCCCACACCAUCAAUCAAAUUCAAACCACCAGGUUUUUUCUCCAUCUCCCUCUCUUUUCUUCAAGUUCUUCUGUUUCUGCACUGUGCUCGUCAACUUUUCGUCAAGAGCCAGGACAACAAAUUAACUCUUUGCCCUGGGUCCUCUGUUCUGUGUUUGAUCUGUCACAUUCCCAGUGUUUUACAUUUCACAUGGUAUUAAGGUGUUGCCUAGACAUGUAAAGUUAAACUGCUGUGUUCACAGUGCAGUGAGUCAGCAGUCAGUGAACUGAUCUGAUAAUCACAGAGUUCACUUUUAUCUGCAUGAACAGGAGCUGCUUAAAAAAAAACUCUUGAAGAAAGUUUUGGGCAUAAAAAGCCAGCAUUGCCUUAAAUCUCCCAACACAGUAUCACAUGUAUGUCUCCUUCCUGUACACAGAGUUUAAAGACAACUACCACAGUACUUGUGACGGCUCUAUACCUUUUUGUCCCUGACGUAUUUAAUAACAAUAUCCCAUCUUCUGAUGCAGCUGUGCUACAGAGUGAUGGGUUUCCACACAGUGAUAACCAGAUGUUUCAAAAAACAAGUUCCACAACUCAGAUAAACACAGCCCACCUGUACUCAGUCUGUAUGUAGCUACUGCUUUGGUUUUGUUUGUUUUUUUAAUACGAUGUUCAACCUCCAGUGACUGGGUCUGGUCAUACAUAUGAAUGCAGGGAGUUGUUUUUCUUUUGUCACCAAUUUUGUUGAUUUAGAUAGUUUUUAAGUUUUACCUAGGAUUUUUAAUUUGGAAUAUAUUGGCAACAGUUGAUUUACUUAAGAUGGUUUUAGAUAAGUGUGAAUAUGAAAGAAAUUAUUAGAAUUAAGAAUGUUCUAUUCUUAAUUUUACUAUUCAUUGCAAAAAGAUAAUAUUGGCUUUCUUUAUUAGGGUUGAAGAGGCAGUUUUUUUUUACUUAAUUGGCUUAUGUCAAUCAUUUUGUUCAGGAUAAUCCUGUUAUAUAAUUGCGAAUUGGGUCAUAAUGGUUUAUACCUAAAAUAUAUAAAAGAUGCAUACAGUUUAGGAAACAAAGACUCGUGAAGAUGACAGUGCAGUAGCAGUACGAUAAAGUCAGACAAGUCAGGUCAGUUUUCUUCCUGAGCAGUGAAAAGGUGAUGCUCCUGCACGUGGUUACACAGGUUUACAUUUGUCAUUCAGAACAAACACAGCCAGUCUUUAUUUUUGUGGAGAAAUCUCAUUGAAUCAGUGGCUCAACUGUCACAUGCACAUUAACAAAGACACUGAAACAGAAAUUUGAGUCAUAUCAAUAGUGGAAAGUAAGUAUAGAUUAAAGGUUGAAGAAGUUAGAUUCGACACUUGCCUCUCAAAGGGUACUUUAGACAGGAGGGCUUUGUCUCCGUCAUCAAAACUGUGUUAAAACUGUAGACAGAGUCUGUCUGUAGGCACCAGUGUUACUGACAGUAGUGUUUUCAUGGAUCACUGACACAGACAUGGCUGACCUUCCAUGACCUUCAUGUAGCUGCUGUGUCUUACCAAAGGCUGCAGUACGAGUCUCGUGUGCAGGGAUAAUGGAAAACUGAUAAUGAAUAAAGUCGUGUCUUUUUGAGAGGAAAAAAAAGUUUGAUAAAUAAAGGUUGAAGAAACUGAAA